AUGGAGAACCUGCGGGAUGAUGAUGCACUAACAUGUUUUGCUCAGUUUAAACUAAACGUGAUUUCACAACCUCAUGAUGAUACUUUAUUCGCUUGGGAUUGCGAAACCUAUAGUGAAAAUAAAGCUAUUCCUUAUUGUUGUACUUUAGUCAAUUUGGAAAAACUAAGGAAAAAACUAGAACUAAUUAAAAGAGUAUUCCCAGAUUUAAAGCCAACUGAUCCCAUUCCAGAAGAAUAUUACAACAAACUCAUGACUAAUAUAGUAGAAAUAUUUGUAGGAACAGAUUGUUUCGAUCAGAUGUUGCGUCGUUUAGGAACAGUAGAUCAAAAAAGACUAACCUUAAUUGCUCAUAACGCCAGUGGUUUUGACAACUGGAUUGCACUUCAAAGCAUUAGUAAACUAACACAGUGUCCACUUGUAACAGAUAAAAAAAUUCUAUCUCUUCCUUUAUCUAAUCCAUAUACAGAAGAAAGAUUGCAGAAAAAGUGGAAAAGAAAGAAAAAAGAGAUAAAAAUAUCUGAUAAAAAUAACUAUUUACAAAACAUAUGUCUCACUUGUUCCUAUCAACAUGAAUCAUCUAGUUUGGCGAAAUGGGGUAAUUCAUCCAAGAAUUUGAGAAAGAUUGAGGAUGUAGACAUUGCAAAAUACACCUUUGAUAAUUGGGAAUCUUUAAGACACUAA